GUUAACCUAACUCUGGCCUGGACUGAGCCCAAUAGAGUGCACGUAAACUCUAUAUUUGAUCAGCUCAUCAAAUUGGAUCCCUUGAGAACCAACUAUUAUAAAGACUUAAAAAUCUACGAAUUGAAAAGUUUGACAAAUUUGAGUCCAUCUAAACAUUUGGAGAAACUAUUGAUUACAGAGAAUCCCAUAUCAGAUGCCCUGAAAGAUGUCCCGAAUUCGCAGCUAUUACUCGCAGACAAUCUACAGAUAAUUAGCUGCACCACAGGCUCAGACACCUGUCCAUCGGUUAAUCAUAUGAUUGGUGUUGACGUUGUCUUCGGUGAGAUCCGACUGCGCGACCAAUUCGUUGAGGUUGUGCUCCAAGUCGUCGAUCCGGUGGCCCAUCUCGUCGAUGCGGCUCAGGAUCUGGUCAGACAUCUGCUGAAACUUGUCCUCAAC